AACAAGCCCAGAUGUAGCGGCCCAUAAAGCAACUUCAACCCGGACCACUCUUCUGUUUUUUUCUCUCUCCUUCCAGCUCUUUCUGGAGAGCGCCUUCCACUCACACUUCACUACUUUUCUUCUCUAUUUAAAAUUAAUUUCUCUCUGAGUGUCAGCGCAAUUGAAGAAAAGAAGAUGUCAGUUGUGGCAAACGGUGGCAGUCAAGACAAUGGAACCGCCAGUGAUCAGAGUUAUGUUUUAGACAUACAUCCGCUCAGUAGCUACGCCGCUCAUGGCUUGAGAACUUGUGUAGAAGCAGUUAUUCUGGUUGAAUUGUUCAAACACCCGCAUUUAUUGCUGCUGGAAGUAAGAAAUUCCAUCUUCAAGCUUCCUGGUGGUCGCUUAAGACCAGGUGAAUCAGACAUUUAUGGAUUGAAACGUAAGCUAACGAGGAAACUUUCUCUUAAUGAAGAUGGCAACGAAAUAGAUUGGGAGGUGGGGGAAUGCCUUGGUAUGUGGUGGAAGCCUGAUUUUGAAACAUUGCUCUUUCCAUACUUGCCUCCUAAUGUAAAAUGGCCAAAGGAGCGCACAAAGCUCUUUCUUGUGAAGCUACCAGUGAGCCAAAGGUUCAUUAUACCAAAAAGCCUGAAAUUGCUUGCAGUUCCAUUUUGCCAAAUUCAUGAAAAUCACAAGGUAGAGACCCUUUUUAUGAUAGGUAAUUUUGAUGGAUACAUGGGUGGCCUAUUGAGAUUAAAUAAGACAAUUGUGUUUUUCUGAGUAAGAUCUGAGGUCUAUUAAAAGUAUUUUUCAAUAAUUAGUUAUUAUAAUAACAAAAACAGCAAAAGAAGAAACACUAAAAUAUUCACAACUGCACUCAUUUAAUUCCAUUAAUUAAUAAAACAUUUGAAAUCAGGGGAUUUGGUCAUUUUGAUAUUUUCAUGUUUGUGUAAUCAAAAUAUAGUAUCAAAGUUUGACAUUUUCUUAUUUGGGCUUUAGUUUCAAAGGGGAUUAUAGACUCUUCUUUUUAUUUUUAUGAUUUUUAAAUUGGAGGGAUUUUGGGCUAACAUUUUAUAGUUUGUUUUCCUUGGGUCCAGAAAGCCAAUAUUAUCUUCGGCAGAGCUUUUGUGGCUGUCUUGUAGAUUUAUUCCCCUCUUGUAUUUUUGAUACCUUCUUAGAUUUGUAGUCCAUUCAUGUUCCUAUUCCAUUUUUCUUAAUUUAACAAUUUCUUUAAAUUUUUUAUUUUAAAAAAAGAGAAGAAAAAUCUGCUCUUAAAUGCCAGCAAUGAUGCUCUGAGGUUCUGAAUUUCCUUGGACACCCAAUUAUAUACUUUUCUGAGGAUGCUUAUGCAGGUAGAUUUUAUACUUCUUCAUUGUUGUAUUUUGUAGACAUAUGGACCAGUAAUAUCAAGUGUAUCGAAAUUCUCAUUCAACAUUAUUGACUCUUAAAUUAGGUCUACAGAUAAUAGUAGUUUGAUGUGUAUUUGGAAAUGUUCUUUAGAGCUUCUAAUUUUUUGUGAAGUAUGAGAGAGAGACACUUGUAUAUAUGGUAUAGUGUUUUACGGUUGAUCGGCAAUGAGUCAAUAUAUGUUAUUUGUUAUUCCUAACCCCUCAGAAAUCACUAUGCUUCAUAUGGUGUUUUAGAUGUUGGGUAAUAGCUGAAAACUCUUUUUGUAUUGAGAUGUUACUAUCUCGAGAAUAUUUUGGUGAA